CUCUUUCUUGUUAUGUUGACAACAUUUCCUUAUCUUUCUGGCCUGAGCAUUCUCAGCGCCAUUAGCAUUGAGGUCUGCCUGCGUGUCAUGUUGCCUAUCUGGUAUCGCUGUCAAAGACCGAGACACACAUCAUCUAUAACCUGUAUCUUGCUUUGGGCUUUGUCCCUGUUGUUUGUGUUUCUGGAUGGGAUGAGAUGUGGCUUACUGUUUAAUAGUUUUGACAAGUCUCAGUGUUGGAGAUAUUAUUUAAUCAGUGAUAUAUGCUCAAUUGUUUCAUUUGUGGUUCUCUGUGGGACCAGUUUCAUCCUACUCGUUAGGAUCUUCUGUGGCUCCCAGCAGAUACCAGUGACAAGGGUGUAUGUGACCAUUGCACUCACAGUGUUAUCCUUCCUAUUCCACUGUCUUCCCUUUGGAAUCUCCAGCAUCAUUCAAUGUAUUAAAACUUUGAUAUACGUUGGGUUUUGUGAUUAUUUUCCAGAGGCAGUAUUGCUAUUCCUAUACUGUAUUAACAGCUGUGCCAUCCCUAUUGUUUACUUCCUUGUUGGCUUUAUUCGUCAGCGAAUGUUCCAACAGAAAUCUCUGAAGCUGCUUCUUCAAAGAGCAAUGGAGGACAUUCCUGAAGAAGAAAGUAAAGACAGGGGUCCUUCAUGCAAUCCAGAAGAACUUGAAACAUUCUCUAGCAACUGA